UUUCUGUUUGUUUAUUUAUUUGUUUUAUAGAAUACUUGAUGUUAUAAUGUCAUAAUUCAUAUUUAAACUUGUUUACUUUCUGAUAUAAAACCUUGACUUCUGUCUGCAGCAUGAACACAUAAAUAUCCUUUAGUCUAAAUUAAUGAAUAUAUUUGUAUUUAUAUAUUUGAAGUUCAUAGUUUCACUUUUCUUUUUCUGUCCUUCCUGUUGGUUCUUUGUCCUUUCAUACGUCUCUCUGUUAAAGGUGGAGAAGUAACACAUUCCAUCAGAACUGGUUUUGUGUCGCUCAAACAUGGAUCCAGGUCUCACCAUCGUCCUUCUGGGAAACUCAGGCGUUGGUAAAAGUGCUUCAGGAAACACCAUCCUGGGACGACCAGCGUUUGAAUCAAAAAAAUCCUUCAGAUCGUUGACAACACAAAUCUCUGAGGUAACUGAAACUGUGUUUGGGAAACAGAUCUCAGUGAUUGACACUCCAGGAAUAAUAGGAUCUGAGAGGGAGGUUCAGACACGGUGUCAGGACCUCCUGAAGUCCCCCAGACCUUGUGUGUUCCUGGUGGUGGUUAAAAUAGAUCGCUUCACCAUCGAGCAGAAGAACGCUGUGGACAAAGCUAUCAGAGCCGUUGGAGAUCAGGACUUCAACAAGUGUUACCUGCUCUUCACAGGAGGAGAUGACUUAGGCAACAAGUCGGUAGAAGAUUUCAUCAACGAGGAUCCAGAAGGUCCACUUCCACCACUUGUUGAAAGGUUUGAAGGGAGACAUCAUGUGUUCAACAAUGUAAAUGGAGGACCGGAACAAGUCAGAGAGCUGCUGAUGAAGUCACGCCACCUCGGAAUCACUGAAGUCUCCAAACAAAGGAGGAUCGUCCUGCUCGGUCUACCUGGAGCUGGAAAAAGUUCCUCAGGCAACACCAUCCUGGGAUCAGAUCAGUUCAAAUCAGCCUGUAACUUUAAUUCAGUCAGUACUGAGAGUGUUUCUAAGUCAGCCAUUGUGGAGGGUUGUAAGGUCACAGUGGUUGACACUCCAGGAUUCACUGAUAAAGUUCUGACUCCUAAACAGCUGUACCUGGAGAUCAUGAAGAUGACGGUAACAGCCAGUCCUGGACCACAUGCCUUCGUCUUUGUGGUCAAAAUAGACAGAAUCACCAACGCUGACAUCCAACUGUUUGAGCUGCUUCCAAAACUGUUCAACAGUGAGGCUUUGAGGUACUCCAUGGUCCUUUUCACUUAUGGAGACGAGCUGAAAGACCAGAAUGUGGAGGAUUUGAUCCAGUCCAACCCUCAGGUGUCAAAACUGGUCUCCUUGUGUGGUGGUAGAUACUGUGUGUUUGACAACAGAGUAAAAAGAAACAGAGAGCAGGUUAGAACCUUCCUGAAUAAAGUAGAUGAGAUGGUCACAGCUAACAGUGGACAACACUUCACUGAUGACAUAUUCAAGAUGGCUGAGAUGUUCUUAGAUAAAGAAAGGAAACUGUUCCCCAAUAAAGAAGGGAACCAGAAGGUCGACUGGAAAGACAAAGCAUGGGAAAAAUUUAAAACUUAUUUAUUUAAUACAGUUGGCAGAGAAGGAGUAGGAGCACUAAUAGGAGCAUUAACCGGAGCAGUAAUAGGAGGACUAGUAGGAUGUAGAGCAGGAGUAGUAGGUGCAGCAGCAGGAAUAUUAGCAGGAGCAGUAAUAGGAGCAGUAGGAGGAGCAGUAGCAGGAGCAGUAGUAGGAGCAGUAGUAGGAGCAGGACCAGAACCAGGACUAGGACCAGGAGCAGUGGGAUCAGGAGCAGCAGCCCAAACAAAAAAAGGCAAGAAACAAAAGAAACAGUGAAACAGUUGAACUCUCAAUGAAGACCACUGACCUUUAGAACAACCUGACAUGUUCAAACUCAAACCAGUUUCUCAUUGGUCAUCUCUCUUAUAUCAAGCCCAGCAGGUGUGUUUUUAGAUUUAAAAUCUAUUUGCAAAACAUAACCAUAUUGUUCUCAAAUGAAAACGUAGUCAGUCUACAGUGACCCGUUAGUCAGUCUAUAGCCACGUGACCCGUUAGUCAGUCUAUAGCAGAGGUAGCCAACACGGUGCCCGCAGGGACCAUGCGAGUUGCCCGCAAGGCAUGUUCUAAAAAUAGCACUAGGUCCC